AUGUUAAAGAAUAUUAAAGAGAUUAAAUCACCUAUUGCGACAGCGGAAGAAAUCAUUAGUUUAUUGAAAGCAAAUAAGAAACGACGUACAACACAGUUCUUGAACAAAGAAUUGCCACCAGCACCUAAUGAAUAUCCAGAUACCAACCAAGAACCACCACCUGAUUAUGAAUCGACGGAAGAGCGAGCAUCAGAAGAAACAUUAAUAGAAGGCAAUGGAACAGCCGUUGCAAUAUACCCUUAUGUUCCAGAACUUGAUGAUGAGCUUAAUGUAGUUGUUGGUGAUAUUUUUAAAAUUAGAAGCAGAUCAGGGGGAUGGUGUUUUGUGGAGAGAGAUGGACAGACUGGCUGGGUACCUGCAAAUUUCUUGCUUGAAACCAGCGUUAAUGGAGGUGAUAUGAUGGAUAGUGAUAGUCCAUAUGUUGGCAGGGGAGUAGCAUUAAUUGAUUACAAGAGAAAUACAGACGAUGAACUUAGUGUGAAAAAGGACGAUUUGCUUCGUAUUUACAAAAGACAAGACUAUUGGUUGUAUUGUGAAAUAAAUAAUGAGCGUGGAUGGGUGCCAAGUUGGUACGUCAGGGUGGAUAAAGAAGCUAUUGAUGAUGAGGAGAACGAGGUAAAUGAGUGA